AUGUUUCCAUCUCCUGACCCCACUCAGGGCACAGUUCCGACCUUCCUCCCCACUCAACAAGUUGAGGAUUGUUACAAUGGCAGUCAACCCAGUGGCACGCCAAUGGAAGAUGGACCAGAUGUUGAAGAUCAUUUUAUCCUCUUCCAACUUCCAACUCAUGUUGACAGCUUCUUCCAGAAUGUGCUGGGUGAGUAUGCGAGCCACCAGUCAGCUCAGAACCUACAGCGGUUCUUCACCACCUUGCUUGGGGAUGAUGCAACUUCAUGGUCCAUCAUGAAGGGGGACCGGAGCAUAGGAGGGACCGAGGAAGAAUCAAGCAGUAUGGGUGGCCAAAUUGCUCACUCGUCCCCAACCAAUAGCCACACUCCCUCCCUGGAAAGCCCACAUCCGUUGAUCAGCAUACAACCUGUAGUGGAAACUGAUGGUAAUGGAGCACAGCCAAGCAACUCCCCCCCAUCCUACAAGUCCCUUCCUUGUACCCUGAAGCGACAUUUAUCAGGGGAAGGCGAUGAUGGGACCACGGCAAAGAGACAAAGGGGAACACAGCUGGCAGGUCCCAGUGGCACCCACCAGCAGGUAGUUUUGGUGGAAUGCACACCAGAGAGUCAUGAGGAAAGUGUUGUGGGAUCCCAGGAGUUUCAGGGCCCCCUUGGCUCAGGCCAUGGCUUGACUCGUGACACUCAAGGUAGUGUGACAGCCAGGGCUGUGCCCGAUGUGUUGGGGACCACAAAUUACUUUGAAGGAACUGGGUCAUAUGAGGGGCCAAGUGACAGUGAAUCCCAUGUUUCAAGAUCAUCAGGUGGAGAAACCAUCUUGACCGAUGCACCAUCUUUCGAGUUCUGGAGGUAUGUUAACAGGCUUCCGGCACAUGAGAAGGCAAACAAAGUAGCAAGGAGGGAGGUGUGGGAAGGCUGGGAGCCUAUUAGUGCAUCUAGGGAGCGUGAAGGGAACGUUUUGGAGGAAAUGUGA